GAAAUGUCUAGCAACAUCAGAAUUAGGUUAGAAAUACUACUCCACUCGCAAAUGAACUAGUUUUCACCGUCAGAAGCCCUAAUCACAAUACCCUAAUUGGUGUACUCAGAAAGCUGGGUGGGGGCCGUCAGCGAGACAAGAAGGUGGUUGAAAUCCAAUCACCCUCACCUCCUCCCUCUCCAAACCCCUAAAACCCUAAAACUGUACACCAACUGCAACCAUACCAGCCAUCCAAAUCUCCAUCAAUGGCAAUGGCAGAAGACGACUACCCAAGAACAUCCCAAACGUUCCCAGUCAAACCAAACCUCAAACCGACCUCCCAAACCUCCACAAAAAACCUCACCCCAGAAUCCAAGUACUGGAAAUCCUUCAAACCCCAACCCACUCCCCAAAACCUAAUCUCCUCCAUAACCUCCCUCUCCUUCUCCCCCGCCCUUCCCCACCUCCUCGCCGCCACCCACUCCACCUCCCUCUCCCUCUUCUCCCCGCUCCAAACCCUGGAACAGCCCAAGUCCACCAUCUCCUCCUUCUCCGACACGGCCACCUCUGCCUCCUUCCGCUCCGACGGUCGCCUCGUCGCCGCCGGAUCCCACUCCGGCCUCGUCCAGGUCUUCGACGUCAAGACCCGUACCCCACUCCGCCGCCUCCGCGCCCACUCCCGCCCCGUCCACCUCGUCCGGUACCCACGAUCGGACAAGCUCCACCUCUUCUCGGGCGGCGAUGAUGCCGUCGUCAGGUACUGGGACGUGGCGUCCGAAACCCAUAUAAAUGACCUGUUAGGUCACAAGGAUUAUGUCCGGUGCGGUGAUGGGUCGCCAGUGAAUGAUGAUAUGUUUGUGACGGGGUCUUAUGAUCAUACGGUUAGGCUUUGGGAUGUUAGGGUUUCGGGUGGGAGUUCGGUGAUGGAGGUUAAUCACGGUAAGCCGGUAGAAAGCGUAAUUUUCUUGCCGUCUGGAGGGCUGGUUGCGACCGCAGGUGGGAAUGAGGUGAAGAUUUGGGAUGUGAUUGGAGGUGGGAAGUUGUUGUAUUCAAUGGAGGGGCAUAACAAGACUGUGACUUCGAUCUGUGUUGGGAAAAUUGGGAAGGAAACGGGCGAAGAAGCACAGCAGUAUCGGAUUUUGAGUGUUUCUCUUGAUGGGUAUAUGAAAGUUCUCGAUUAUGCGAAGUUUAAGAUUACUUACUCAAUGCGGUUUCCAUCGCCACUUUUAUCUGUUGCAUUCUCUCCUGAUUGUUCUACGAGAGUUAUCGGUACUUCGAAUGGGAUUAUAUAUGCUGGGAAGAGGAAAAUGAAGGAAAAUGAAGGGUCCGAGAUGGUGAUUUUUGCGGGUUUGGGUCCUAUCAGUGAACCUCCGAAAAGAGUUUUGAGGCCUUCGAAUUUUAGGUACUUUCGUAGAGGCCAAAACGAGAAGCCUUCGGAAGGGGAUUACUUGGUCAAGAGGCCGAAGAAGGUGAAAUUGGCUGAACAUGAUAAGUUGUUGAAGAAGUUUCGGCAUAAGGAAGCUUUGGUGGCUGCAUUGAAUGGGAAGAAUCCGGCGAAUGUGGUGGCCGUUAUGGAAGAAUUGGUGGCGAGGAGGAAGUUGAUGAGGUGCGUUUCAAAUUUGGAGACGGAAGAGCUUGGUUUGCUGUUGUGGUUUUUGCAGAAGUACUCCACCAUGCCGAGGUAUGCAGGGUUGUUGAUGAAGUUGGCCAAGAAGGUGGUUGAAAUGAGGGCUGAAGAUGUUCAAACUGAUGAUGUGUUGAAGGGACAUCUUCGAAACCUGAAGCGAUCGGUUGAAGAGGAGAUACGAAUACAACAGUCGUUGCAGGAGAUACAGGGCAUAAUUUCUCCCUUACUGAGGAUUGCUGGGAGGAGAUGAAUGAGACCCGGGAAAAGUUUUGCUGAUUUGUUUGAGAGUGUACUUCAUUUGUUUUUGUUCAGUUCUGUUCCUUGAAAGAAAUCUGCUAUCAGGGUAAGGCCGGAUAUUGCUCUUAUCUUUGCAUUUUCCAAUUCUUGUUUUAUUGCUUAAAAUCAGAAGACAUCCAUUCCUGGGUGGCAUGUUCUUACGAUCUACUAUUUAUCUAUGCAUCUUUUUUGUGGUAUUGGCACAUUGUUUGUGCGGAAACCUGCGGGAAAAAAAAUGCUUGGUAUAAGCUAGACGCACACUUGCAAGCACAAUCACAAUGGACGUUACAGCUAUAUGCCUCGAGAAGUUAGUCCGAUUAGGCAGUUGAUGUCUCUAUGGAUGGUUCCUUGGAGCCUCUUAUUCCUUCCCAAAUGGAAGAUGAUUCCUCCCAUCUGUCGAGUUGUGAGUCUGCUCCACCAACGCCUGAACAUCAUCAGAUUAGUAAUGUUGAGUCUUUGUCAGUUAGGAUUGGGGACUGUUUGGAGGAGAAUGCUAUGGGACCCAGGAAUUUGCGGGCUAAGAGGAUCACGGCCAUCUGGAGGAACCGCUCAGAGGACUAUAGUCUAUAGCUCUUUGUCUGCUUUGCGACCCAACAAUUGAAAGUGGAAGACCAAAGCCAAACCACAAAGCUAAUUGCGAUAGUGACAAGCUAGACAUCAUAAAAGUUGGCGGCCACGGUGACAAGGCAACGCACCACUCGGAGGAAACGUAAACGGAAAAGAGUUAUUAAAAACACUUGUGACAAUCCUCACACUAACCGUAUCCCAAAACGCCGAACUUUACAUUGAUCUCUCUUGUUUUUUAUCCUUGUUUUGCAAGUUUCGUUGUUCGUGUGAUUGGCCGUGCGGGUGCUCUUGUGUUUUUCUCAUUGAUUUUGUGGGAGUGUUUUGUUUAGUCUUGUUCUGUUGGGCCUUUGCUUUGAUUUGUUGGGUUAUGUUGUGUUUGGUUUCUGUUUGGGGCUGUCUGUAUGAUUUGUAAUCGAUUAAUUGUACUGUUUAUUUGCUUUCUAUAAUAUAUCUGAGAUGAUUUUGUUUGUAAAAAAAAAGAGGAAGUGUUCGAAGGCUACCUUGACAUUGAAGGACGCUGUCAGACCAUUGAAGUGACUUCAGACUUUACAACGCAAAAUGUGGUGAUACCAAAAAAGUAGUGUGGCUCCAAAUUGCUUAUACAGUAAUUAAGAGGUAUAAUUCAACUCAACAUACAAGAAAACACAAAAGCAACUGUACAUGCUGCUCUACGGUUCAGCGCUCUACUUCGAAGUGUACUUGGAUUUCACCAAAACGUACAUGCACCAUUUCUUGACUUCUACGGAGGAAAAAAAAACGA